CCAAGUUAUAAAUUACACGCUCACUGCAUUCCGAUUAACGUUUGUAAUUAUUUUCCCUAUGAUUGCUUUUCAUAACAUGUCUAAAAUAUAUAGAAAGCCGAGUGAAAAAUGAAGAGGAAUGUCAUUAUUUUCUUUGUUACGUUAAUUAUUUUGGAGUUUGCCAGUGCCGAUCCAGUUGUCUAUUUCAAUGGUAUAUCUCAACCAGAGCGACGACAAAUAAAUGAUCAAGAAGCUGAUGAUAUUAGAGACGAUAUAAGCGAAGCCGAAAAUGAAGAUAGCGGACACGUUCAUAAAUUAAAGGGCGAUGAUACUGAUGAUGAAGGCCAAGUUGAAAAACUAAGCGAUGGUGACUCUGAAGAGGAAAAUUAUGUCGCGAGGCCUCUUACUGUCGGUGACACAUUUACCGCUCGAGAACUUCUACCUGUUGCUGAAAAACUGUUUGAGAAAAUCGAACAUCCAGGAGAGGGAAAGGGGAUUGUUUCAUCAUCAACCCAGCCAGAGGAGCUGUCGGAUAAAUUGUUUAAAGCCUUUUUUAUGACUUCCGACCGCAUAGUAACAUUAACAGAGGAUGAUAUAAUUUCGCUUGAUACACUACAAAGUCUAGCUCUGGUUGGAGAACCAGCAACACGAAAAAAUUUCGUCGAUCAACCCAAAGAAAAAAUACAUAAAAAGAUUGUAGAUGUUAAUGGGCAAUGGGUCGAAAUAAAUGAUAAUGGGAACACUUCGAAUUUAAAAGUUUUAACCAAACAAACUCAAGUUCGUAAUCCGAAAAUCAGUAAAACAAAAAAUAUCGGAUCUCAGCGACGAGAAAAUAAGUUGAUAAAGAAGUUAGGCAAGAAUCGCCAUUUGGUAGUUCAUCGAAAAUAUAUGGAAAAUAAUAAAAGCAUCCCAGAAAAACCUCCUUGUCGCUGGAGUUACGUGUGCAAAGACCCGCUCGACUUGGAUUCCUGUCGAUUAAAAGAAAACUGUACUCUACGUCAACCAGACGAAAAAGUGGAUCACAAUCAAUAUAUUGAAACCAAUAUAAACGAAGACCCAAAAAUGUUAAAUAAGUUUCGUAAAUUUUUAUCAAUAAAUGCACUGGAUGAAGAAGUAGAGAAAAUUAUUGAAAAAAGAGUACUUAAAUAUAAACCGAAAAAUAUGGGCAGUGCGGAAAACAUGGAGAGCUUAUCUGAAUAUUUCCGCAAAAUACUUGUAUCAAGUGACAAAGCGGUAACUACGACAAUUGGAGAAGAAGAGUAUAGUGACACUACUGAGCCGAUUGCAAAAGCAAAGACGAAACUGAAAGGAGAUGACAGCAAGGUCAAGAGUCUGAAACCUGAGAAUAGUGAUGAAAGAAGACUGAGAAGUAAGGGCUGAUGAGUUAAAUAUUACAUAGCUACUUAAUUAGGAAAACAAAUAAAUAAAUAUGUACUCUA